GAAGUCACUAAUGAAAUGAUCGUGACCAAGAACGGCAGACGGAUGUUCCCGGUCCUAAAGAUUAGCGUCACGGGGCUGGACCCCAAUGCCAUGUACUCGCUCUUGCUGGACUUUGUCCCAACGGACAGUCACCGCUGGAAGUACGUCAAUGGGGAAUGGGUGCCCGCGGGCAAGCCAGAGGUCUCCAGCCACAGCUGUGUCUACAUCCACCCGGACUCCCCCAACUUCGGGGCCCACUGGAUGAAGGCACCCAUCUCCUUCAGCAAAGUGAAGCUGACCAACAAGCUCAACGGAGGUGGGCAGAUAAUGUUGAAUUCUCUGCAUAAAUAUGAACCCCAGGUUCACAUAGUACGUGUUGGAGGUGCCCAUCGAAUGGUGAUGAACUGCUCCUUCCCUGAAACCCAGUUCAUAGCUGUGACUGCCUAUCAGAACGAGGAGAUAACAGCUCUCAAAAUCAAGUACAACCCUUUUGCCAAAGCCUUCUUGGAUGCUAAGGAAAGGAACCACCUCAAAGAUGUUCCGGAAGCUAUGUCUGAGAGCCAGCAUGUGGCCUAUUCUCACUUGGGAGGCUGGAUCUUUUCCAAUCCGGAUGGUGUAUGCACAGCAGGAAACGCCAAUUACCAGUAUGCUACUCCUUUGCCUCUGUCUGCUCCCCACACCCACCAUGGCUGUGAGCACUAUUCUGGCCUCCGAGGACACCACCGGCAGGCUCCAUACCCUUCUGCGUACAUGCACAGAAACCACUCUCCCUCAGUGAAUUUGAUAGAAAGCCCCAGCAAUAAUCUGCAAGUUUUCUCUGGAGCCGACAGCUGGACUUCCUUACCCUCCACACCCCACGCCAGCAUCCUGUCUGUACCUCACACCAGCGGACCGAUCAAUCCAGGGCCUAGCCCCUACCCGUGCCUGUGGACCAUCAGUAACGGUGGCGGGGGCCCUUCCGGGUCGGGCUCAGAGGUGCACGCCGGCUCCCCGGGAGCGUUUCUCCUGGGUAAUCCAGCUGUGACUUCGCCCCUCUCCACCCAAGCUCCUGCUUCGGCUGGUGUGGAGGUUCUGGGGGAGCCCUCACUGACCAGCAUCGCUGUGUCUACCUGGACAGCAGUGACCUCGCAUCCCUUCUCAGGCUGUAGUAGCCCGGGUGGGGGUGGGCGCCAGUCUCCCUCCUCACUGGAGAGUUAAGCAGGAUCCUAGGAAAGUUGUCAGCAGAGAACCUGCUAGGUGUAGAGCUCUUAGAAGUCUCACCUACUAAUCCCAGUGAGUCAGACUGCAGAGUCUCCCCACCCAGUGAACGGGGUUAUACCAGAAGCCUACAGGGAGAUGGUUUAGUUUGGAAAAUGCUAAUUUCGUCACCUGCAUCUCUCCACCAUUUUCUUUUUGCGCUCCCAUUUUCUCUGCAGCUUAUCCGUGCUAUGCUUAGGCAACAAAAGUUCGUUGAGUAUUUUCCUCGUGCCCUGCCCCUUACUGUCAAGUGAUUCUAGAAGGCUGUCCUUCUUGUUCUGUGGAGGUGAUGCAAGGCUGUUAAGUGAGCUCAACAUUUACUUAGCCUAAGGCCACUGCUUUGGAGCUUUGUGCAGCCCUGAAAGUAUGUGUGGCCACAGAGACCAAGGAAGGGUGUAAGUCCAUGGAGUGAAGUUAACGAAAACAGAGCUAAUCACAUAUUACAGCGUAGAGAAUUGAGGAAAUGAGAUCAUGUCACUCCCUGGCUUAGAAACCUUCGAUGGCUCACCAUUGCCUACAGAUUGAAGUCGAUCUCCUCUGCCAUCUGCCCUCAAACCACUUUUCCAGCUUUAGCUACCUGUUUUCCCUUUAGCAUCCUAUAUUUCAGUCAAGGCAUACAUUCUGCCCCUGUCUUUUGAACGUUCAGUGUACUCUCCCAGCUCUGUACCUACUCCUGUACCUGAAAUAUCCUUCUCUGUUCAGUCCUACCUGUACGAAUCCUGCCCGUCUCCCAGGGACUGGCCAGAGCACCACCCACUGCAUCAAGCAUCUGAUCUGCUGGGCUCCCUGACCUCCCACUGGUUUUGCCUCUGUUCUAGAGCUCACCUCAUUCUGCCUUGUAUUUUUAUACCUGUGCAUAUGUCUCUCUCCCACUAGACUGUGAGCCCCUCGAGGGUGAGGCCCAGCCUUCUUGUCUCUGUUCCCCAUAGCAGCAUCUGGU